AAAGGAACUGGCAGAGCCCCGCUCGGGUCCAGCUGGGAGAGCAGACCCUGAGAGGCAACGAGCCGCCCGGCGACACUUCCCCGCUCACCCCGCACCGAGCCCGCAUACCAGCCCCGAGCAGGCCGCGUACGGCCCGCAGGCGCCCGGGAGACGCCGCUUCAGAGGGGCCACGGUGACCGAGGCCCGCCGCAGAGAGGCAACCGAGGGACCGCUGUCACACAGGCCUCCUAGAGAGAGGCCCCUGGAGCUCCAUUAUCACCCAGGCCCGCCGUGCAGAGGCCCCUGAGGGUUUAGUUACACCCAGGCCUCCUAGAGAUAAAAUCCAGAGGGGCCUCUGUUAUUCCGGCCCAGGAGAGAGCAGUCACUGACGGUCCGCUGUCACCAGGGCUGCCUCUGAGGCCCACCGGAGAGAGGCCGACUCGGGGGCCACUGCCGAGAACCGCCACACAGGGGCCACUGCCGAGAACCGCCACACAGGGGCCACUGCCGAGAACCACCACACAGGGGCCACUGAACAGCCGGUGUCUCCGGGUGCCCUACAGGAGCCUCACUGCCCGGUGCCCCCAGCUGCCCCUGACUCCCUGUAAUUACCCUGCCCAAACAGCCUUGAGUUGCCGUCGUUGCCCAGCUCCUCGCUGGCGGCUACUCUCCCUCCCCUCCCCCGUUACAGACUGGAGCUUCCAUCCCUUCCCCGGACGCUUUCCAGACGCUGAGCUCCUCGGCUGCCGGUCGACGACUUCAAAGCACGUUUGGCUACUUUGUUGCCGGUGAGGAAGAUCCGCGACCUCCUCGCCCUCCCCGUCCGUGGCCCGAUUUGCUCCUCAGCCCGCCAUGGCCCAGCAGCAGAUGACCAGCUCGCAGAAGGCCCUGAUGCUGGAGCUCAAGUCCCUGCAGGAAGAGCCGGUCGAGGGUUUCCGCAUCACGCUGGUGGACGAGAGUGACCUCUACAACUGGGAAGUGGCCAUCUUCGGACCCCCCAACACGCUGUACGAAGGGGGAUACUUCAAAUCUCACAUAAAGUUUCCCAUCGACUAUCCGUACUCCCCUCCGACUUUCCGCUUCCUGACAAAGAUGUGGCAUCCGAAUAUAUACGAGAACGGAGAUGUUUGCAUUUCGAUUCUUCAUCCUCCCGUAGAUGAUCCGCAGAGCGGCGAGCUUCCGUCCGAGAGGUGGAAUCCCACCCAAAAUGUCAGAACUAUCCUGCUGAGUGUUAUAUCGCUGCUGAACGAACCGAACACAUUCUCUCCCGCCAACGUAGACGCAUCUGUGAUGUUUAGGAAAUGGAGAGACAGCAAAGGCAAAGACAAGGAAUACGCCGAGAUCAUCAGAAAGCAAGUGUCUGCAACAAAAGCAGAAGCCGACAAAGACGGGGUGAAGGUCCCUACCACGCUGGCCGAGUACUGCAUCAAAACCAAAGUGCCUUCGAGCGACAACAGCUCAGACUUACUUUAUGAUGACUUGUACGACGAUGACAUAGACGACGAGGACGAGGAAGAAGAGGACGCCGACUGUUACGACGACGACGACUCCGGGAACGAGGAGUCGUGACCUGCCCUGGCACGCUCUCCCCUUCCGUUCCCUUAGAAGCCCCCAGUGCUCCGUCCCGCGGCAUCCUCCCCCCCGCUGACUCAGGCCACACGUCGGGCAGCGUUGACCUAGCGGCAGUCCUGCUGAGCGACGGCCACUUGGCUGGGAUUUAAAGACUGCACUCGCAGAAUCGUGUGUGAGACUCCAUAUUCUCGGACCUUUUUUUUGAUGGAGGAGCAUGGGGUUUGGGGAAAUAAAAACAAAAAAAACAA